AUGACAACGAGAAGCACUACCAAUCUCAUGAAUGCUCUUCAAUACGACGCCUAUGGCGGAGGCCCCGCCGGAUUGAAGCACGUUCAAGUUGGCGUUCCCACUCCCAAGGCAAGUGAGGUUUUACUGAAAUUGGAAGCAAUCAGUAUUAAUCCAAUUGAUUGGAAGAUUCAGAAGGGUCUUCUGCGUCCUCUAUUUUUACCCAGAUCCUUUCCCCACAUACCUUGCACUGAUGUCGCUGGAGAAAUUGUUGAGAUCGGACCGCAAGUCAAAGAUUUCAAAGUUGGGGAUAAAGUCCUUGCUAAACUCACUCAUCAAUAUGGAGGUGGACUGGCUGAGUUUGCUGUGGCUAGUGAGAGCUUAACAGCUGUCAGACCAUCUGAAGUCUUAGCUGCUGAUGCUGCAGCAUUACCUAUUGCCGCACUCACAGCUCGUGAUGCCCUCACUCAAAUUGCAAAAGUCAAGCUUGAUGGGACUGGCCAGCCCAAGAACAUUUUAGUAACUGCUGCUUCAGGUGGUGUGGGUCACUAUGCUGUUCAACUGGCAAAGCUUGGGAACACGCAUGUCACAGCCACUUGUGGGGCUCGCAACGUUGAGUUUGUUAAGGGCCUAGGUGCCGAUGAGGUUCUUGACUACAGGACUCCGGAGGGGGCAGCACUGAAGAGUCCAUCUGGUAAGAAAUAUGACGCAGUCAUACACUGUACAACUGGCAUACCUUGGUCAACUUUUGAACCUAAUUUGACUGAAAAGGGAGUGGUAGUUGAUUUAACACCUAAUGCAAGUUCGUUAUGGACUGCUGCCCUGAAGAAAGUUACUUUUUCCAAGAAGCGGCUGGUGCCAUUUUUUGUAGAUGUCAAGCGUGAGGGCCUGGACUAUCUACUUCAACUAUUGAAGGAUGGCAAACUCAAGUCUGUUAUUGACUCCAAGUUUCCUUUGAGCAAAGCCGAAGAUGCUUGGGCUAAGAGCAUUGAUGGACAUGCUACUGGAAAAAUCAUCGUGGAGCCAUAG